AACGGAGAUUCGUCGAAAUCUCGAGAUUGAAUUUUUUUGUGGUUUACAAUAUUUUCUCUAUACUUCGUAUCCGAAAAAAUAAAAAGGCGGCUUAAAAAACAAACAAACAUUGAAUGUUGAAAAGAAAUUUCUAUGUGAGUGGGACAAGAGAAUUAAGAAAAAGGUUGAAAAUAUAUAGUUGAUGAUAAAGAAGCAAGCAAAUUUUAAUGUCUGGAUGGGAAUUAAAGAUGCCUUCUCGAGGACGCAAGUUUAUUACAGAAUUUUUGUUGCCUAGCUUGAAUGAGAGAAGAUUUGGGUCACGACUUAUGUGGUUAGAUGUUGAGAACAAAAUUUUCCAAAUGCAAUGGAAUCACAAAUCUUCAUCUGACUGGACAACAAGUGAUGCAGCUGUUUUUGCUGCUUGGGAUCAAAGAAAAGGGCAUUAUAAUCCAAAUGAUAAAGAAUAUUACCCUAAAAGCAAGCAAAGAUUCAGGGCUGCACUUAAUAAAUUCAUAAAACUUAAACAUAUCACAGAAUUAAACAGUGAAGAUAGAUAUACCAAAAUAUAUUGUAUCGGGGAUGGAAAAAAUAUAUUUAAUACUCUUAAUAUUGUUGACAAAAGUGUGAAAGAAAAUGAUGGGAAAGAAAACAAAUCUCAAAUGGAAAUGAAGCAAAAUCCUGAAGAUCUGGUUAUAGAUCCAUUCUGGAAUUCUAAUCUUCUGACUGAUCCCCAAGAAAACUGUGUUAUACUGUAUCUUAAUCAAGAAAUAAAGAAGGAAUCUAUCAUUAGUGAAGAACAAGUUGUUGCAAGUGAAUUUUCUCCAAAAAUGCUGCAUUUUGAGAAUCGUCAAAAUUAUAUUAAUUUUCUAAAUUCCACAAACGAUAUUAAGAAAAAUUUUUCUGCAAAUGAAGUUUCAAAUAUUUUAAAAGAAAGUGAUGUAAGAUCAUUAAAUGAUGAUGAUGAAUCUCUUGUACCAGAAACAAUUUAUGAGAAAGAUAAUCAUUUGAAAAAGGUAAUAACCAUUGAAAAUGAUGAUUUUCAUGAUUACCUUCUUCGUGUUAUGGAAACAUCAAGACAAAAGAAAUGGUCUGAUAAUGAAUUUCCUGGAACUGACGAAGAACUUUCAUUUGAUCUUUCUGUCGAAUUAAUAUAAUUAUUUAAUGGUUACAACUGUGCCUACCUUUGUUGAAAUUGAUCUCAUGCUUAAGGCAUAGAAAGACAUUUCUUACUAAAUUCUUCUAACUAUAUAUAUUUCAGAUUUUUAUGUUUUAUGUAACUUACUACAGUAAUAUAAUGAGCGAUUUUAAGCAACCACUAUACAUUAUAAUUAAAGUAAUCUAUUACUGUCCAAGUUUUCAUAUUGUGUAAUGUAAUUUGCAAUUCAUUUUUAUAUGCAGUAGAAACUCUGUUGUAAAUUAUUGAGCUACAUAAUUAAUAUAGAUUUUUAUGAAAUCAUAUGUUGUAGUAAUUGAAUUUGUACUCAUAAAAAUUGAAAGAAUUAAUCAUAUAGAAUAAUUAAUGGAAUAAAUAGAUUUGUAGAAUUGUUUCUUUUUAGUUAAAUACUGUUGUGAUAGUUGUUUCUUUUAACUGAAAUAUGUCUUCUUCCAUUUCUUUUUCGAUAUAUAAUUUUUAACUAGUUAAUUUAUGUUUUGCUAUUUCUUGAAGUUCCAUUAAAGGGGGAAACAUGCACCCUCAGAUUUGUCAAUCCUCAAAGGUUUUUGUAAUAUGCAAUAUAUUUUAUCGAUGGUGCUGUAUAAAGUUGUCUUUAUAGAAAGAAUUUUAGAUUAUUUGAUGUGUAAAUUUUGUAAUAUAUGUUAAAUUGCUUGUGUAAAUAUU